AUGUCUAAGGCUAUCGGAAUAGAUUUAGGUACUACGUAUUCGUGCGUAGCACACUUCACGAACGACCGGGUGGAGAUCAUUGCGAACGACCAGGGUAACCGGACAACGCCUUCGUACGUAGCGUUCACCGACACUGAGCGGCUCAUCGGAGAUGCCGCCAAAAACCAAGCUGCCAUCAACCCUAGAAACACGGUGUUUGACGCCAAGCGGCUGAUCGGACGUCGGUUCGACGAUGAAGAAGUGACAACGGACGCCAAGCAUUUCCCGUUCAAAGUGGUGUCCCGGGACGGCAAGCCGCACGUGGAGGUGGAGUACAAGGGCGAGACCAAAGUCUUCUCACCCGAGGAAAUCUCAGCCAUGGUGCUGGGCAAGAUGCGUGAGACCGCAGAGGGCUACCUGGGCGGAUCCGUGUCAGACGCCGUGGUCACCGUCCCCGCUUAUUUCAACGACUCCCAGCGACAAGCUACCAAGGACGCAGGGACCAUCGCAGGACUUAACGUCCUGCGUAUCAUCAACGAGCCCACUGCAGCCGCAAUUGCUUAUGGUCUCGACAAGAAGGGCCGUGAGGAGCACAAUGUGCUAAUUUUUGACUUGGGUGGUGGUACUUUUGAUGUUUCGCUGCUUUCGAUCGACGAAGGUAUUUUCGAAGUCAAGGCUACUGCUGGUAAUACGCAUUUGGGUGGUGAAGAUUUCGACAACCGUUUGGUGAACCAUUUGGCGGCUGAGUUCCAGCGUAAAAACAAAAAGGACUUAACCAACAACCAGCGGUCGUUGCGUCGUUUGCGGACAGCCGCAGAACGUGCCAAGCGCGCACUGUCAUCGUCGGCACAGACGUCCAUUGAAAUCGACUCUCUUUUCGAGGGAUGUGAUUUCUAUACUUCUUUGACCAGAGCACGUUUCGAAGAAUUGUGCGCUGACCUUUUCCGCUCCACAUUGGACCCCGUGGAAAAGGUCUUGAGAGACGCUAAGCUCGACAAGUCGCAAGUAGAUGAAAUUGUGCUUGUAGGAGGCUCAACUCGUAUCCCUAAAGUUCAAAAGCUCGUUACCGACUUUUUUAAUGGAAAAGAGCCAAACCGGUCCAUCAACCCAGAUGAGGCGGUUGCGUAUGGUGCAGCCGUGCAAGCUGCCAUCUUGACUGGUGACCAGUCCUCCAAGACUCAGGACUUGCUAUUGUUAGACGUGGCUCCUUUGUCGCUAGGUAUUGAAACGGCAGGCGGUAUCAUGACCAAGCUGAUCCCCAGAAACUCUACCAUUCCUACUAAAAAAUCCGAGACGUUUUCCACGUAUGCUGAUAACCAACCUGGUGUAUUGAUCCAAGUUUUUGAAGGUGAAAGAACGAGGACUAAGGACAACAAUUUGCUGGGUAAAUUUGAGCUCAGCGGCAUCCCUCCUGCGCCUCGUGGUGUGCCUCAGAUUGAAGUUUCGUUUGAUUUAGAUGCAAAUGGUAUUUUGAAUGUGCAUGCGUUGGAAAAGGGCACUGGUAAAUCCAGUAAAAUCACAAUCACCAAUGAUAAGGGACGGUUGUCGAAAGAAGAUAUUGAGAGAAUGGUGUCGGACGCCGAAAAAUUCAAAGCCGAGGAUGAAAGUGAAGCCGAGAGAGUUCAGACCAAAAACUCGUUGGAGGCGUAUGCUUUCAGUUUGAAGAAUACCUUGAACGAAGCUGCUUUCGAGGAAAAAGUGGGAGAUGCUGACUACACUAAGCUCAAGACCUUUGUGGAAGAGACUAUUACAUGGCUUGACUCUUCACAAUCGGCUUCCACGGACGAGUACAAGGAUAAACAAAAGGAAGUGGAAGAGGUUGCAAAUCCAAUAAUGACCAAGUUUUACCAAUCUGGUGGAGCUCCUGGCGGUGCUCCUGGAGGUGUUCCUGGUGGUGCACCACCAGGUGGUGCCCCCGGUGGUGGAGCAGCUCAUGGAGGAGACUCUGGUCCAACGGUUGAGGAAGUCGACUAA